GCAAGAUUCACUUUCCUAAUAUACCCAAACCAGCUGUAUUCACAAUCAAUGGCUCACAAUCCCUAAUUGCAAAAAAUCCACAAAUAUCAACGAUCCAAAAUCGCCAACCCUAACUUUUGUCACUUCUCAGUGUCAGUCAGUCUUUUGUAGUUUGUAGUCUGAUCACUCCACCAUUACAAAUCAUCAUUUCACUCACCACACCCGCCCCCCCCACUCUCAUGUGUCACUUCCACACCCCCUUUCUCUCUCUCACACACUCUCACUCACUCAUUUUUGGUCCUUUAUUGUCGUGGCAGUGUAAUUUCCUGGAGUUGUCUGAUCUGAAGCUUUGCAACUAAUCUGGUAAUUUUACUUCUGCAAUUGGGAAGGCUGUUGGUCAUGGCAUGCUGUUGAUUGUAUAGAAAGUGCAAGGAUGAAAACAGGGAAGCGAAUUAAUCACAACCCACAAAACUUGUCAGACACUUUUCCUGAUAUUUCUUCUGGGGCAAUGUUUGGUACUAGUAGCGGUAGUAAUAUUGUAUUUCAUGAUAUUCAGAGCAACAAUACUGCUUCUUGGCCAACAUUUCCUGGUGGUGAGAAGGCAAGGGAGUCUUUUUCUUCUAGAGGGCAAUUCUGUUUUACAAGCCCUGCAUCUGGUCUAAAUUUUUGCAGCUCAAAUAUGCAACCGACAUCAAAAAAGGCUUUUGAACGGUUCUCAGCUAACUAUGCAUCUCCUUCCAUGAAUGGGUGUCCUCGUGUCUUCUGCAUGGGAAAAAGUGGUCAUCUUCUUAUAAGCAAUACAUGGCUUCUUGGUAUUGUUUGCUCAUGUCAUUGUUGCCACAUGUCUAUACUUAAGUUUUGUGAGCAUUCAGGGUUACACAGUGUCAACCCAGGGGAUGUUGUUCGAAUGGAAAGCGGAGAGACCAUUGCACAAUGGCAGAAGCUGUAUUUCUUAAAAUUCGGGAUUAGGUCUUCUGGAAAUGAGAGUGAAUGGGACUGGCCAGAAGUAUUUUCAACAACAGGCAAUCUGAUGAAAUCCAAUGCAUCUGCAUCUGAUAUGUCCAAGAGUGAUCUGUCACAUAUUUUGAAUUCGGCUGCAGUCACGUUAAGAAAACAACCGAUACCAAACCAGGAUGGUUGCAACAUUCCACUCAAGGGUUUAAACGCUUUUAUGCAGAACAACCUGUAUGACCGGGUGAAAAGCCAGUUAAUGGAAUCUAAUAUGGCUAAUUCUACACCUGCACCAAACUUUGUCGGAGUUCAACUGAAUGAUGGUUGUCAGCCUAUACCUCCUUUCCUUGAUUCUCUGAAAAGGGAUGAAAAUUUGUCAAUUACCCAGUCUACACAAAUUCCAACAAGCCAUAAAGACCAUGCAUGUAUCAAAAAGAAGAAUCUAAAGACUGGUAUACUAGACAAAGAUGCAACUUUCUCUGACAUUGAGCUUAGGCUUGGUCAACCACAUCGGGCCGGAAAUCUAGUUGCAUCAUUUGUAGAAUCACCAUUGUUUACCUUUGCCAGUUCUCCUAAACCGCAUUCCCUGAAGCAGAUGACUAAUAAUCUUAGCAGGGAGGAGGAAUUGCAGAAUAAUAUUAGUCAUGCUGCUGGUUCAUUCAAAAUGCUCGAGGAACAACCUCUACUUAACCCCCCAUACUAUAUGUCUGGAUGUAGUAAUAUUUCAGGUGCUGCUACAUCUAGUUCACAAACUUACAAUGUGGCCAUGAGUUCAUUGUUUUCACCAUUUACACAAUUUACUUCUCAACCCAAGGGUAAUACAAAUGCAAGCGGAAAUUUGGUGAAUGAUGGUAUCAUGCCCAAGAACCCACAUUCUGAAUAUGGUACCGUGCAAUUUGGUUCUUCUAAUGUUCUCUGGAAUAGUAAUGGUCACAAAGGUAGGCAAUCAAAUGAUUCUGCACCAGAGUUCAAUAAAUAUUUGGAAAAUGUUAACGGGGCAAGGGUUGGUGAAGAUUCCCGCACCAAAAUAAAUUCUGGAUUUGAAGUAAAUCAGUUCAUGGAAUUUGGCUCCAUUAGAAGAACUGUUGGUGGUAGUGGUAGUUGUACUCCUGUUGUUAGCAAAAAGAUAUAUGAAUCAAGCUUUGCAUCAGAUACAUCUGUGGGUGCAAAUGCUUUGCAAGGUUCAAAAAAUGUAUUUUCUUUUGGACAAAGCAAUCACUUGACUUUGGGGACAGCUGUUCCAUUUGAAGAAAAUUUGAAGAGCCUUCCCUAUCUUGUUUCAAGCUCUACGUUAAAUCAGAAUUCUACACCGAAACAAUGGGGUAUUAAUAUGGAUACUUACAUGCUUGAUGAAAAUAUGAGGUUGCUUGCAUUGACACAAAUGCUGGAGUUAUCUAAGCAACAACAAGCUUUGUAUUUUCAUGAUAUGAAUCAGAAGCUAGGGAAAACAGAUAUUCCAAAACCUCAGAACUAUAUAUACAAGGCUUCAGUGCCUGAGCCGGGUUCUUCUGGGGCAUCACUGAAAUUACCCCAAAAUAGGGGGACUUGUGGAAAUCUUGAGAUUACUGAUGGUAUACACAAACUAACUGGCUACGCUCACUGGCACACAAUAAUCUUUCUCUCCUCUUUUAACUGUUUUCUUAGUUUAUUUCUUGGCAUGUAUUAUGGAUUUUCUUUUAUAGUAUGCAUGUGUUUAAGGGUUAUCUUUCUUGCAGGUUUGAACAGAUAUUGCGAUGUCUCUGCCUUAACACCAAUACCUUUACAAUCUAAAGAAAAGGAAUCACAAUGUAAACAUUCCUAUAAUCUUCAAAAUGAUGGUCCGUCUUUGAGCCUUGGAAUGAACAAUACCAGAUCAAGUGAAAAAUGCGCUGAGCAACAAUCAGAUAUACAUUUUGCAGGCAAAUAUGCUAGUGCUGCUUGGGAAAACUGUUGCAGAAACAAUGUUUGCACUGGAAUUGAACCCUCUCGCAAUAUUGUAAAAGAAAAGUUUGCCGAUGUCAAUGGUGUGACCUCUUUGAAAAUAGUUUCAGAGUGUAGUAGAGAUCAGAAACCUUCAAGGAAUAAAAAUAUCUACUUUGAGCUAAGUGGAUUAGAUAGUCACGACACAGUAAAAAUUGGCUCUCAUACACCUCAAUGGAGGGAUGUGCCACGUAAGGUCAGUAAACCAUUAUGUGAUGCAACAAUUUUAGAUCAGAUGGCUACUAUAUUGGAUUGUGAAGGACAAGACAGUGCCCAAAUGGGAAACAUUUCUACCAAACGUUUGAAAAAUAAAUUUGAUAGGGAAGGUUUGUUGAAAGAGCGGGAAAUUUUAAAUGUUUCUUCUGGAUGUUCUGCUCCUGUUGUUUCUCAGGCCUCUGGGAUGGAGGUUAACAAGGUUGAUUCUUGUAAUGUAGAUACUACAUAUGCUGGUUGUAUUGAGAACCUUGUGCUUGAUGAGGUGUUAGGAAUUGAUAAAGGCUGGUCCUCUGAUUUGGUUGAAAGCGAAAGAAGUGCAGAGUAUGCAGGUUCAACCAGUGGGAGUGACUUGAAAAAAGGUUAUCCGAGAGUAUUAAAUGAUCAACCAUGCCGGAGUCUCCUUGACGAUAUUAAACUGUUAGAUUCUUUGAUUUGGAAAAAAGGGCAGGACCAAAAUCAUAUAAUGGUUAGUGCUAAUUGUAGAGCUAGUCAAUCUCAAAAAGUCAAAAAGGGCUUCAAAGGAAAAGAGCCAAAGAGAAACAAGGUGAGAGUUCUGGGUGCUUCAUUGCUUCCUGGAAUCUCUUGCUCAUUGAAUAACCAGAUUGGAGAAAGUCCUGGAUCUUUUGAUCCCCCUUCUAGUUUAUCUGAAGAAAUGCAAUUGUACUUUUCAUCUAGCCAGCAAAGAUCAUAUAACAAGGUUUCUAUUGUUCAACCUAUAACUAGUCACAGACCCUCUUCAUUUUCAUCUAAAUUUCUCUCUUGUAAUAAUAAUAAUCUAAACAAACAUCACAGAGAUGAAGAUUGCUGUGAGUCAGAAUCAAAUUCUCAUACUGAGUUUCACACAUUACCUGGAAUUUCUAGAAUAAAGAAAUCAAGGAAGGUUUUCACUUCUGAUUGCUUUGGGCAUUUCCAAAUGCAAGUACCACACUAUGAUGAACCAAAAAAUGCUACGCAGAUGUUAUCCUCUAGCAGAAAAGGAAGCGCUCAUAGAAUUAAAAGGCCAGUAGUGUGUGGAAAAUAUGGGGAAAUAUCUAGUGAAUUAUCAAUUACAGAAGUACCAAAACCAGCAAAAAUUGUCUCUCUUAGCAAGGUUCUUAGAACUUCCAAAAGAUGCAUGAUCCCUACAACUGAAACACCUAGUCUAACAGCAAAAAAGAAACAGAGGACAUUGGGCUUUGAAACAAGUUGGGGGCAUAGCUGUGCGAAAUCUGGUUUAAAAGCUAAGAAAGAUAAUGAAUCCGAAUAUACAAUAAUUUGUGAUGAAACAAAUUCCGAUGUGUCUAUGGAAGAUUUUGAAAGAGGCUGCAAGCAAACUGUUGUUUACAAAGGGAAGAGAGAUGCCAAAGAGAGGCAGGGUGAUAUUUUAAGCAGAGCUGAUUCUCCAUUGAAGGUGAAGAGCAGAGAAAUUCGGAAACAGCGCAGCAUUAACGAAAUCAUUACUAAAGAAACCCAAAUGCAGGAUAUGUUGAAGUAUGCGGAAGAUCACGAGCAUAGUUUGUGUAACAAAAGAAGUAACAUCUCUGUUCAGGAACACAGAAACCUGUCCAUCACCAAUUCAGAUUCUUUCUGCGGUGUCUGUCAAAGGUCAAGCAAUGAUGAAGUUAACAGUUUAUUGAAGUGUAGUAAAUGUCUAAUUAAAGUUCGUCAGGCUGGCUAUGGUAUUUCAGCAUUACCUAAAAGAGGUCUAAGGGGUUGUAGACCAUGCCAAACAAACUCAAAAGAUAUUGUGUGUUCAAUUUGCAAUCAACGGGGUGGUUCGUGUAUAGAGUGCAGGAAUGUUGAUUGCUCUGUCAAGUUUCAUCCUUGUUCUCAUCAGAAGAACCCUUUGCAAAUCGAAACUGAGGGAAUUAAUGAAGAGAAAGUUUCAUUUUAUCGAAGAUCUGUGCUUCAUGGUAUUGGCCCUGAAUUUCAGUCUACGUAUGAUCCUACUGAUGAGAUGGAUAGUCGAGAGGAAAAGGAAUUUACCUGUGCUAGGACAGAGGGUUACAAGGGCCGUAAAUGGGACGGUAUCCAGAAUAAUCAUACCAGUGCCUUAAAACUCAAGGGCGAAUGCCGUGUUCCGGAUGAGCAGUUAAAUGCUUGGAUUCACAUAAAUGGGAAGGAAUUGAGCUCAAAAGGAAUUUUGAAAUUUCCAGAUUCAGAUAUUGAGCAUGAUUCUCGGAAAACAUGUUCUCUGCACAAACAAGUGAAGGGUCUUUUUGUAUACAAAUCUGGGAUACAUGGCCUUGGUCUUUAUACUUCUCAAUUAAUAUCUCAGGGUAGAAUGGUUGUAGAGUAUGUAGGUGAAAUUGUGAGACAAAGUGUGGCUGAUAAAAGAGAAAUUGAAUACAUAUCUGGAAGGAAACUUCAGUACAAAAGUGCCUGCUACUUAUUUAGGAUAGACAAUGAACAUGUAAUUGAUGCCACAAGGAAGGGGGGGAUAGCUCGAUUUGUUAACCACUCAUGUCUGCCAAAUUGCGUGUCAAAAGUCAUUACUGUCAGGCAUCUGAAGAAGGUUGUCUUCUUUGCGAAGAGGGACAUACUUCCUGGUGAAGAGAUUACUUACGAUUACAAAUUUAACUAUGAAGAUGAAGGAAAGAAAAUUCCAUGUUCCUGCAAUUCAAAAACUUGCAGGCGCUCUCUGAACUGACUCUGGCAUUUUGAAAAACCUUUAGUUGUUAAAUU